CUGACUGUAUCCGCCUCUACUUCUACAUAUAUAAGUCUGUCGUUGCUAUAAUCACAAACUGAAUCUUCUGGCAGGUUUGUAAGAAUCAUUUUUGCUGAAUUCUGCAGAGGGGAGAUGCCUGGCAGAAGAUUUUUAAUCUGCUUCUUCCUGUUUUCCGUUUGCCUCAUCUGUUGCCAUGAAGCCAUGCCUGCUAAUCUCAAACAGGAGACGCUGAACGACAGACCAGUGAUUGGUGUUUUGACUCAAAUGGUCUCAGAUGAUGUCAUGAAACCUUUUGGAGCGACAUACAUACCCGACUCUUAUGUCAACUACAUCGAGUCAGGGGGAAGCAGGGUGAUGCCGAUCAGAUUGACUCUUCCUACUGCGGAGUAUGAAAGCAUCUUCAAGAAGAUAAAUGGUCUGUUUUUCAUCGGUGGAGCCGUAGAUUUGAUGACCUCAGACUUUGCCAGGGUGGCGAAGAUUUUUUAUAAACUUGCUCUGACGGCCAAUGAUGCAGGGGAUUUCUUCCCCAUCUGGGGAACCUGUCUGGGCAUGCAGCUGCUCACUGUGCUGGUGGCCGAAGAGAAUCUGCUCUCUGCAACUCCAGCUACUAAUGUGGCUUUGCCCCUCAACCUAACCACAGAAGCCUACUCCAGCAGGAUGUUUCAAGGUUUUUCUAAAGAACUAAUAAAGGCUUUGACAGAAGAACCUCUGACUGGCAACUUUCACCAUUAUGGCCUUACAGUACAGACUUUCCAGGAAAACGAGAAGCUGAGCGGUUUCUUCUCCCUGCUGUCGACGAACGUUGCCGAAAAUGGAGUUCACUUCGUCUCCACCAUUGAAGGUAAAAGGUAUCCGUUCUACGGAGUGCAGUGGCAUCCCGAGGGGAACCGCUUUCAGUGGAACAGAAGGUUAAACUUUCCUCACUCCAGUCAUGCUGUUCAGUUGUCGUCGCAGCUGGCUGAGUUUUUUAUCAGUGAAGGACGGAAGAGUUUGCAUCAUUUUGACUCCCCUGAGGAGGAAGACGCCUCGUUGAUCUACAAGUUCACUCCUGUCUACACUUCAAACUUUACUGCCUAUGAGCAGGUCUAUUUCUUCUGAGUUUCGGAGGAUGCCAAAGCCUGCUAGAUGCCUGUAUUUCAUUUUGAAAUGUGAAAAUGUGGCUUGAAUUUAGGUGCAACAUUAAAUACUUUUAUUGAGAAAAAGAUUAUUUAAAGCCAUGAUAAGAUCAACGUCAAUGAUAUUGUGGACUUAUGAAGACAGGUAUUUCAAAAAGAGAGCACUUUUUUUGCAAUAUGCAGCAAAGUUGAGGGUACAUAUUGCUUCAUAUUUUCUUUUAUUUUAGAGGUUUUCACCUUCUUGAUAACUUUGUAUGAAUUGUAUUGUCAAAUAAAGUA